AUGCAACGACCAAAAACGUUUUUUAAAGUAGCUAUUAACGGACAACCACAGGGAGUUAUCAUUUUUGAGCUUUUUUCCGAUAUUGUACCAAAAACAGCAGAAAACUUUCGACAAUUAUGUACGGGUGCACGAGGCUUUGGUUUUCGUGGUUGUCCAUUUCAUCGAAUUAUUCCUCAAUUUAUGAUUCAAGGUGGUGAUUUUGAUAUACGUGAUGGCACAGGAGGUCGAAGUGUUUAUGGUGCCAAAUUUCCUGAUGAAAAUUUUGCUUUAAGACACGACGUCCCAUUUUUAUUAUCAAUGGCAAAUUCAGGCCCAAAUUCAAAUGGUUCACAAUUUUUUAUCACUGUAGCUCCUGCACCAUGGCUUGAUGGUAAACAUGUUGUAUUCGGGCGUGUUCUGCAAGGUCAAGAUAUUGUCAAAAAAAUGGAAAGUUGUGGUUCACAAGAAGGUACACCACGAGCCAAUGUUGUCAUAGCGGAAUGUGGCCAAGCAUAA